GUCACUGUCACCCUUACAAUUGCGCAGUUGAUGGAACCCCCCAAUCUCGCUCAUUCCCCCUGAAUAUGGCUCCUCCGUCCUCUUACCGUCCGCGGAAGAAGAGAAAGCUUCCCUCGUCUUUCGCUGGCUCCAACAAUUCCCUCAUUGACGACUCCGGAGGAAAAGCGUCCCCGGCCUUCCCCUUGGUUUCGUUUCUAUGGUCUGCUCGAGCAGGUGUUUCUCAAUGGCUCGUGCUACCUUUGAUUUUGAUGGCAGUGGGCCUGUUCCGCUGGGCUGUCAGUCUGUGGGGAUAUUCCGGCUUCGGAGUACCUCCUAUGCAUGGUGACUUUGAAGCACAGAGACAUUGGGUGGAGAUCACCAUCCACCUCCCCAUUUCCAAGUGGUACUUGUACGACCUACAGUAUUGGGGGCUGGAUUACCCCCCAUUGACCGCAUAUCACAGCUGGCUUUUGGGAAAACUUGGCUCCCUCUUCAACCCCGCAUGGUUUUCCCUGGACGAGUCCCGCGGCUUCGAAGAUCCCCUGUUGAAGGUUUUUAUGCGCGGAACGGUUAUCGCUUCGGAAUACCUCAUCUAUAUCCCGGCCGUCGUCAACUUCUUGCGUCGAUUCACCCGGAUGCAGAGCGUUCCCGUGUGGUCAGCCUCGAUUGCCCUCGCUGCGAUCCUCCUACAACCGGCGACCAUCCUCGUUGACCAUGGUCAUUUCCAAUAUAACACGGUGAUGCUGGGGUUGGUUGUUGCGAGCUUGGAUGCCAUCUUGGCCGGACGCAUGCUCUGGGCAUGCAUCUUUUUUGUGGGGGCUCUGGGGUUCAAGCAAAUGGCAUUGUAUUAUGCUCCGGUCAUGUUCGCCUUUCUCCUUGGCGUGUGCAUCUUUCCCAAGAUCCGCUUCGUCCGCCUGAUUUGCAUCUCUCUCAUCACCCUGGUUGCAUUCGCCGCCCUGUUUGCUCCAAUGCUUAUUGGAGCAAUUGGCAUCGAAGCGCGGGAGGCCCUGGCGGUGGCCCCGCAGCCGCCUCUUCUGCAGGCCAUCCCCGUCGAGCUAGACAAGCACUCAAUUCUCUACGCAAUCGUCUUCCAGCUGACACAGAUUAUCCACCGUGUCUUCCCCUUUGCUCGCGGUCUGUUCGAGGACAAGGUCGCAAAUGCCUGGUGCGCCAUCCACACGUUCUACAAGCUCCAUCGGGUUGAGGCCACUCUGCUCCAACGAAUGUCCCUUGGUGCUACUCUGGCUUCCAUCGUGAUUCCCUGCGCCAUGAUCUUCCGUCACCCACGUGCCUCUCUACUUCUGCCGGCCUUGUCAACCGUGGCCUGGGGCUUCUUCUUGUUCUCAUUCCAGGUGCACGAAAAGAGCGUCCUCCUUCCCUUGCUCCCCAUGACACUUCUCCUGGCUGGAGAUGGGGGUCUCAGUAAGGAGACCCGAGCCUGGGUGGGGUGGGCCAAUAUGCUUGGCUCGUGGACCAUGUAUCCUCUGCUGAAGCGGGACGAGCUUCAAGUGCCCUACUUCGUCAUGACUCUCCUCUGGGCCUACCUGCUGGGGCUUCCUCCAACCUCUCUGGAGACUUUCCGCAGCCGUGCUUCUUUGGAAGACACCGCCCCGGGAGCCGAACUUCACGUGCUGACCAAACUUCUGCAUGCCUGCUUUUACCUUGCCAUGAUCGCAUGGCACGUUCUCGAAGCCUUUGUGGCUCCCCCGCCUGGCAAACCGGAUCUAUGGGUAGUGCUGAAUGCUGUCAUUGGGGCUGGAGGAUUUGGGAUUGCCUACCUGUGGUGUCUCUGGAAGCUGGUGCUGCAAAGCUGCAGGAUCGAUCAGAAGGCGGCGGAAGAGACGGACAAGAAGAACCAGUGAGGGUAGGCUAGUGUGUUUCAUUGCAAUUAUACAUUCGAUUCUCCUAUGAUACCCAUUUUGAUGUUCGGGACAGCCUGCACCUCGACAGUGCGGGCUUUGCUGUGCGCCUGGAAGAGAUAAAAGCUUGCUUACUCCAUACAUAGAAUACCCAGAACAUAAUGAUAGAUAAUAUACAUUUA